AUCCACACAGACUCGUUGCCCAGGACGACGCUGCAUGGAAAGUGACGCCUAAGUAAUAAAACACGGCUGUGCCUCAGUACUUAUUUACACACAGUGGUCUGUCAGCGAUUGUGUCCAUCCUCCGCGGUCAGUCUUUUGCAAAAGGAUGGCUACUAAAGUUGCUACUACCACAAUGAUCGGCCCAGAGUCGUGGAGGAAUUCAACUUUGAAAGGUAUAAAAUUGUCUCAAAACAUAGUUCAGAAAAGUGAUAAAAGUUGUGAUAUUGGCAGAGCUUUUGAUCCACUGCCACACUUGAGAGACACAGUUGCUCAGUUGAGUAAUGAAGAAAUCAGAAGAUAUACGCGAGAUGUGAGGGCUGUUGUAGCAAAGCUGAGAGAAAGUUUGUUGGAAACAAAUGAAGAAAUAAAAUCCUUAACAAGAGGAAAGGAAGCACUGGAAAAAGCACUUGAACACACAAGGAAAGAUCUGAAGUUGAAUAAAGACAGUAAUGAUGUCAGAAUGUCAAGACCCACAAGAGAAAAGAGUCAUGAUGGUGCUGAUGACUUGCUGAAUGGUGAGAGAGCUCACCUUCUGAACAACAAGAAGACCCUGGAGGCUCAACUCAAGUCUGUGCAGGAACAGCUGCAGACUCUUGAUAAGGCCCGGAAGCACCUGUUUGCCACACUGCAGGAGCGAUCACGUGUGUUGGAUCUCCUUUGCCACGCACUGUCAUUUAACAACGCUAACUCCAAUCAAGAUAGUCGCACCAAGAGUUCCACAGAGGGCCGUCUGUCUCGUCUGGAUACUACCCGUCUUGGAGCUAGUCAAGCUGAUCCCAUCGGACCAUACACGCCUGAUGCCGACAUUGCCCUUGCCGACGCCAUGGAAGCCCGAUGUCGGUCUGGCUAUCUCCGGCAGGAACUCAGGGACACCAUUGACAGAGCAGACAGGCUACAGAAAGCUGCUCACAAGUCUGUCAAUGAUGGUCUUACUCAGAAAGUUGGAGAGACAGUCACGCUCAAGCACCAUCUGGGUGUGGGUCUCGGGGAAAACCGCCAUGCCAUUCAUCGAGCACAGCGCUGGUAUGAUUCUACAGAAAAAGCCCGUGGAAACUCUCUGGGUCCGGUGAUGAGUGCUGACUUGACAACACGGGAACGUCUUGAUCGACCUCUAGUGCGGGUGUUCCAGCGUCACCCUGGUACACAGCUGCCUGAAGCCCAACAGAUAAUCAGGGGUGGAGAUGGCUUGCUCCAGUCUCUCACUGCCACAAGUCGGAACAUCGGCCUGCUCCGUCUCUCCCACCUCAAGCUCCGUGAUGACAUUCGCAGCAAGAGCGCAGCUGCAGACAUCGACAGCAGCAUCAUGCGCAUGAGGCGUCGUCGAGGGGACCAUCGCUGGACCCUUGGGUCAGCCUUUUAAUUGCAAAAGGAACAUGGGUUCAAAUAGAAAAAUGUGUUCAGUUGUCGAACACACCACAGUAUUAUUUACACCAUAUCAUAUCAAUGCUACAGAAUGCACAACAGCAACUGCACUUAACACUGUCAGUAUUAUAAAGUAUUCAUCAGGCAUAAGUAUUCACUGCUGAAAGUAUUAAGUACAUGCUGUUUUUGAUAAAACUGUUUAAAGGGAGGUAACUCUCAAACAGCAACUGUUUCCAGUGAAUGUAUGAUUUUUUUGUGUUUCUUCUAGUUGAAUGGAAAUAUUUUUUAUACAAACAUUUCAAAAGGCAUUUUAUCAAAACUAUACAUUAUGUAUUUGCUUGUCAAAUACAGACAUUUUCUAGUUUGUGCAUAGUUACAAAACUGAAAUGGAUUGUUAUGAUUGUAAUUAUUUCUGUAUUAAUGGGUGUUAUAUUCAUCACAUACUUGGACAGUCCAGAUUUUGUGUUAUGUGAUAUAGCAGAUGUCUUUCAAAUGGAGUGAGUGUGUUUUAAGCAGUAUUAGAAUAUACAAAUGUAAAUAAUUUUCAAUGUGAAUAUAUUGUGUAUAUCUCGACAGUUUUUUUCUAAAGGUUUCUAACUUUUACAUCUAAAUCCGUGACAAGUGGUUACCCGUUGAUUUCAUCGUUUGUUACCUGUUGUCAGUAUUUUGUUACCAAAGUCUUAUUUCAGUUUAGAAGAUCAUAAAACUUAUAAGAGCAAGAUCUGUUUUUGAAGCUUUACUGUUAUUUUGUUACUUUGAGAAAUGUUUAUGUUGAUUUAUCUGAUUUUGGGGGAUUUCACAGAAGUAUGAUUCCAUCAGUAAUGACAAUCUGCUAUCAGUUCAAAUGUGUGUUUAAAUAUCAUACAGAGAAAUGAAAGAUGCUUACUCGUCAGAAGUUUUUAAACUCAUAAGGGACAUUGUCCAUCAUUUUGUCAGGGUUUGUUGAUGUCCAAGUCUUCUCUUAUCAAUUUCAAAUAAAUCCAUUAGGGAUUUUGAAGGAGUUAAUCGUUACUUGUUUCAAAGAAGUGACACUUUCGUGAGGGAGAAGAUUUACAUAUAAAACUACUGAAGCUUUAUCAUGACUGGAACGAGAUAAAUCUUUUAUUCAGUUGUUUGUUAUAAACUGGAGUUAUGGCAUGAAUUAUUCUAUCAGUAUUUUGAUUUUACCUGUGAUAUUGUUAUAGUUUUCUACCAACAUUAACUAGAAUGCAGUGUUUGCCUGUGGAAAUAUUUAUGUGUACUUACAUGCGGAGUUACCAUGGUUACCUAUUUUUAAAUUGAGCCACCUUUGUACUACAAUGAAAACGUUCAUUAGAAACAUCUAAAUGCUGCUCAAUUCUGGUCUUUAAUAAAGACUUAUAAAAUUG